CCAAACCAAAGAAAGUGUAAGAAGAGAGAGAAACUGUUUCUCCCUCCUCUGCUUUCUUCAUCAUCUUUCGGUGCCCUUUUCUUUUCCCUUUCAUUUUCGUUCCUUGUUUGGCUUGUCUUUUUCAGUUUCACACUCCAACUACACACACUCUCCCAAAGUAGUAGGUUUUCAGUGUACAACAGUACCCACCUUUCCCCCCACAAAAACCCGAAAGAGAACAAAAAUCCAACCUGCAUUUCCAAUUUUCUCACUUUCUUUUUCUUUUUAACACAUCACCAUAACAAUAAUAGUAAUAAUAAUUCCAACCAAACAAAAGUAUCUUUCCUUAGUCCCAUGAAUUCCCAAGAAUCCCACCAUCAACCCCAACCCCAAAUUCACUCCCUACCCCACCACCACCACCAUCACCACCAACACCAACAACCCCUACAUGGCCACGGCAUAAUGACUCAACAACAACACAAUUCGUACACUCUACCCGACAACCUUAACAAAUCUGUCAUGAUGCAACAGCAACAAGUACAACAACAAAACCCUGGAUUUGGUUUUGAUUAUUCAGAUGGGUCAGGGUCAUCAGCUAGGGCUACUACCGGGUUCAGCAUUGAGGCAGCUAGGAAGAAAAGAGGCAGGCCCAGAAAGUACUCACCUGAUGGUAACAUUGCUUUGGGACUAUCACCUACACCACUUACUCCAAUUACUUCUUCUUCUUCGGCCCAUAAUACUGAUACUCCAGUCACGCCUUGUUCGGAUAAUAAUAAUUCGUCUAAGAAGCUUAGAGGAAGACCGCCUACCCCUGGAAAGAUACAGCUUGACGCUCUAGGUGCAGGCGGAGUUGGCUUUACACCGCAUGUAAUUGUUGUGAACGUUGGUGAGGACAUAGCAUCAAAGCUAAUGGCUUUCUCAGAGCAAGGACCCCGUACUGUUUGCAUUCUAUCUGCACAUGGAGCCAUUUGUAAUGUCACCCUUCGCCAACCAGCAAUGGGCGGUGGCUCUGUGGCUUAUGAGGGCCGAUUUGAAAUCAUCUCUUUAUCAGGUUCAUUCUUGCACAGUACCAGAACAAGUAGUCUAAGUGUGUCACUGGCUGGAUCAGAUGGUAGAGUUUUGGGCGGUGGAGUUGCAGGAACACUCAUGGCUGCAACACCAGUACAGGUGAUUGUUGGUAGCUUCAUUGCAGAAGGGAAAAAGCCAAAGUCUAAGACACCGUCUUUAACACCACCACCUUCCAAUAUGUUGAAUUUUGGUGGUCCAGCCUUGGGAGGGGCGAGUCCUCCUUCCCAGGAUGCCUCAAGUGACUCCGGUGAUGAAAAUGGGGGUAGUCCUCUCAGCCAUGAACAAAGACCUUAUGGUAAUGCAGGUCAACCAUUGCAUGGUAUGCCAAUGUAUGCAAACAUGGGCUGGCCGAACAACAACGUUAAGAUGGUUCCUUAACUGACAUAACGUUGCACAAGGAUAUUUGACUUCUUAAUUCCCUGCGGCAAAGUUGUCAGUUGAUUCUAAAUGGUAGCGAGCAGAUUUUAGGCGCGAGUUUAGGAGUCUGGAAUGUAGUUGUUUGUGCUAGCUGUGGUAAAAAACAUGGCUGAUUUAGAGAAAGCCAUUCAUGUUGUUGGUAUAUGUUAGGUGAUGACCUGGGGUUAGAGUAUUUAUCUUGAGAUUGCCGGAACAGACUUUAUCUGUAGCUUUGUUUUAACUAUUUUUAGAGUGAAAGUCUUUCAACCGAGUGGAUUUUCUUAUUCGGAAAAGGGUUGUAUAUACCCCUCUACUUUGUUUUA